GAACUGAAUGUAUCGGGGUGUUAUUCAGUUCUUCGAGCUCUGCCUCAGAUAUCCUGAUGUAAUCUUUAGUCUGUUUUCUCCAUCUCUGCUCCCAGAGCGGCCUCUUCCUUCUAUUAGUCUCAACAGGCUGCUUCUUCACCUUGCGCUGUUUAUCAUAUUCCUCCUCUUUCAUCAUAACUCGGGCAGAUGGGAGGAGGUUUCGCUCAGUUGUAGUCGGGUACUGGAGCUGAUUAGAGCCCCCAACUUCUGGUACGGACUCCUUCUCCUUUCUAGUAAAGUAACAUAUUUCGACCAUCGAAUUAAAUUUCACUUUCUUCUUUGGGAUUCCCUCAGAAUCUUUCCAUGGGCUCUUUAAACAGCUCUUGAGCUUUGGUGCUGUUAGUUUAGUCCACAUUUUUGAAAAAGUCGUUGCUAAUGCUGAUGACAUUGUUAGGUUUAAAAGAAUUAAAAGCGAUUCGCAAAGUCUUUUUCCACACGGUUGUGUCUCAGGUCUGGAUCUGUGAGCUGCUUGUUGGCUUUUGUGGUUUACAGCCUACCCUGACUCAACACUCUAAACUACUUUGUGAUGUCAUAGUCAAAAAAAAAAUUGCCAGUGAUCUUUCAUCACAUUCAGUUUCUGUGUUGCCAUGGUAAUUUCAUCAAAGAGAACAGUGGUCAGUGGUGUUGUCUGUUGUUGGAGAGCUACAUGUGUCUGCUUUGCAAUCCAGCUGUUCAGCUUUAACAUGGCCGUUACCGAGGAGCAGGAGGAGAACACAGUUGUAAAAACGUUUUUGUUCUCAAUGCUUUUAUUUUGAAACACAGGCUUUUAUUUUGAAACACAGGUUUUUAUUUUGGUGAGUCCAGUUUGAGUUUUUUCUACUGAUCAGCAUGGUAGCCAUUUUGAACACAUUUCCAGAGGAUCACGCAAUCCAGUUCCAUCCUGCUUUCGUUUAACACCUUGGGAAUUGCCAUGUGUGUGGCACAGUUCCAGUGUCCAGAGGACAGCCAGUGUGUGGAUUACUACAAGGUGUGCGACCAACACCCGGACUGCCCUGAAGCAACGGACGAGAUGAACUGUACAGAUGCUGUGCAGUGCACAGAUAUGACCUAUGUGUGUGCCGAUGGAACAUGUCUGAAGAAACCAAACCCAGAGUGCGACUUUGUCACUGACUGCCCCGACGCAUCAGAUGAGAAACAGUGUGACUGCGGCCUGAGGCAGUUCUCCAGCCGUAUCGUCGGGGGUACAAACGCCUCAGAAGGGGAGUGGCCGUGGCAGGUCAGCCUGCAGGUGCGAGGUACCCACAUCUGCGGGGGCACGCUGAUCUCCAGACAGUGGGUGGUGUCUGCUGCUCACUGUUUUGAUGACGACCGUCUGUUCUCCCCUUCAAUGUGGACGGUGUACCUGGGUAAACUCCUCCUGAACCGCAGCAGCCCCACUGAGGAGGUGGCUCGAGUUCAGAGGAUCCUCCUCCACCAAUACUACGAUGACGAGUCCCACGACUACGACCUGGCCCUGCUGAAGCUCGACAGGCUGGUGGUACAUGCUCGACCCGCCUGCCUGCCUCCGCCCACGCACCAGCUGGAGCCUGACCUGCUCUGCUGGGUGACUGGCUGGGGGUCCCUCCGUGAGGGAGGCCGUGCCAGUAAUGUGCUUCAGAAGGUGGAUGUUCGCCUGGUCAGCGAGGAAGCUUGUGUACGCUCCUAUGGCCAGCUUGUUACUCCCAGAAUGCUUUGCGCCGGUUAUCGCACUGGGGAGAAAGACGCCUGUCAGGGAGACUCUGGAGGUCCCUUAGUUUGCCAGGAGCCGUCAGGUCGUUGGUUCCUGGCAGGUGUGGUGAGCUGGGGCAGAGGCUGCGGGCGUCCGGACUACUAUGGUGUCUACACCCGCAUCACCAGGCUCACCGACUGGAUCAAGGUGGUCAUCAGCAGCCCCUGAGACACCUGGGAUGUUCUCCAUGUUCUUCUUCCACCACCUGAAGCGAGGUGCUGAUGAAAACAUGAACAUGUGAGGGGAGAGAAGAUGUUGGAUUGAUUCUCCUUUAAAUGGGUCAGACAACAAUUACCUACUUUACUUAUGCUGGACCUUUCAGAGACUUUCAGGAAUGAUAAUGUCAAGUUUUUUCACCAGAAUUCACCAAAACAUUGAAAAUAACAUAUGUUAACAAGCAUGAAUGUUGAGUUAGAGACAACACUACAACACUGUGAUCAUGUAAUUGCUUGUUCAAUCAUAUAACGAACCAAUCCCCUUCAUUUCAAAGAAAAUGAACUUUUCUAUAAUAAAGGAUCUUCAAUAUUCA